AUGCGCCGCCAUGGACAACAAUCGCCGCCGCGGCACCACGUCGCGACGGCGCGCUCGGGACGGAAGAGCCGCCUGCCCGUCCUCUUAAUCCUCGUCUGCCUCGCGGUGGACUUGGCGUGCGUCGUCGUCGGCGCCUGCCGCCUGGUCUUCGAGCCGCGGGACCUCUGGGCGGCCUGCCGGCUGACGGCGGGCGCCGUGUCCGGGGGCCUCCUCGUGAGGCCCGGCGGCGGCGGCAACACGUCGCCGGCGACCCUCGCGUUCCACGCGGCGCUCGCGGUCGAGCUCGCGACGCGCGUGCGGCGAAACGAGGCCCCGGCGGCGCCCGCCGAGUACGAGGGCCCGGCGCUCCGCCGCCAGAAGGCGCGGCCGCUGCCCAACGGCUUCCGCGAGCCGCGGCGCGCGCCGCCCGGCGCCGACGACAUGCUCGGCGGCGCCGCGGCGGCGGCCGUCGCGACGACGCGGGGCGCGCUCGUCGGCCGCGACGUCGGCCUCGCGGACGAGCUGCCCGUGGGCUGGGCCGCGGAUCUCGUCGACUACGACGCCGCGGGCAUCGAGGCGAAGCACGGCGCGCUCGCGCGGGACCUGCGGGAGGCGCGGAGCAGCGCCAAGGCCGGCGCGACGGGGAGCUUCUGCUACAAGGACGACGAGAGCGACGAGGCGCUGUCCUGCAUCCCGAAGGUCUACAUCCUGGGCGCGCCCAAGGCGGGCACGUCGGACCUCUGGCGGGUCCUCACGAGCCACCCGCGGUCCAUGAAGGCGUCGCGCAAGGAGACGCGCUUCCUGACCCGGGGCGAGUUCGGCGCGCCGCGCGACGGCUACGUGGACCAGGGCACGCGCCUCUCCGAGUUCGCCCAGUCCCACGAGGCGACGGCGCGCAAGGUCGCCGCGGAGCUCCACGGCGGCGGCCGCAGCGACGUCGCCGUCGUCGACGGCGGGCCGCACACGCUCUGGUGGAGCACGCAGCGCCACGACGGCGCGGACACGGGCAUGGUGCCCGCGCCGCAGCUCAUGUUCCACAUGGUGCCCGAGGCCAAACUACUCGUGUCCCUCGCGGAGCCCGCGAAGCGCAUGUAUUCCGACUACUGGUUCCUCACGGCGGCGGGCGUCGCGAAGAUGGUCAACGACCCGAAGCGGCGGAAGAAGGGCCGCGGCCCCCCCCCGGAAAUCCAGUCCGCCGACGACUUCCACGGCAAGGCCCUGGAGGACGCGCGCGCCAUGGAGCUCUGCUUCGACCGCCACGACGCCGCGGGCGGCGGCGGCAAGUUCAAGUGGGACGUCCGCGCGGUGCAGCGCUGCGCGUACGACAUGAAGCACUUCGCGAAGAACGGCCGCGGCCGCAUCGCCGUGAGCGUCUACAGCGCCUACGUCGCCCGCUGGCUCGAGGCCUACCCGCGGGACCAGUUCCUCUUCACGCGCCUCGAGGACCGGAGCGACGCGCCGUCGAUGCGCGCGGAGAUGACGCGCGUCUUCGAGUUCCUGGACAUGGACCCGAGCGCCAUGAGCGGCCUCGACGACGCGGCCCUGGGGGAGCACGCCAACGCGGCGGCGUCGGAGCGGCCGGCCAUGCGCGACGACACGGCGCAGGUGCUCCGCGCGUUCUUCCGGCCGCACAACGACCGCCUCGCGGACUUGCUGGGCGACCCCAAGUUCGCCUGGCCCGACGUCGCCGUCGGCGGCGGCACGGGCCGCACGGCGGAGGACGUGCUCCGGGCCCAGGACUCCAUGCGCAAGGACCGCGAGCGCCACCAGGCGGAGCGCGCGCGGCCCGGGGACGCCGCGACGACGACGAAACGCGACGUUCCCGCGGACAUCUCCGUGCUCGACCUCGUCACGCGCAGCGACCACGACGGGCUCCGGGACGCGCUCGAGGCCCACGGCCCCGCCUUGAUCGCCGAGGGCAAGGUGUCGGCGGGCGACGCGCUCGCGUCGGCGGCGCUCAUCCUCGACGAGCCCAUGGUGUCGCUGCUGCUCGGGCCCGGCGGCGUGUCGGCGAACGCGACGGAGGGCCGCGAGGCCCACGGCAAGUCGUCGCUCCACGUCGCGUGCAUGACGGGCCUCUGGGGCGACAGCAUGCGCGACUCGUUCACGUUCAGCCUCCUGGGCGGCGACCCGCACGUCAUCGACGGCGCGAUCCGGCGCGGCGGCGCCGUCGCGGGCGUCAAGCUGUUGAAGGAGCGCGGCACGAAGUCGACCUACGGCCAGCUCCACAUCCGCCAGGCCAUCUCGAACGCGGUCACGGCCGUCGUCGACGCGCUGCUCAAACACGGCGCGGACCCGUCCGCGUUCGACACCCAGGGCAAGACGCCGGCGCACUACUGCGCCAACUCGGGCUUCGGCGACGCCAUCGAAUUAUUAGCGAAACGCGGCGCGAACCUGGACCUCACGGAGAAGCAGCACGGCGCGACGCCGCUCACGCAGGCCGCGCUCAACGGCAACGCGCGCGCGGUCGUCGCGCUGCUGGAGAACGGCGCGCGCCCGCAGGUGCGCGACGGCCACGGCCACGACUUAUUUGAUCUGGCGACGGGCCGGGGCGCGCCCCUGUCCAUCAUGCUCGCGGAGGCCGACGAGCCCGCGGACGACGGCGCGGGCCGCGUCACGGACCUCACGGAGUACGCGGACCCCGUGCUCCUGCGCCGGCGCCUGAGCAAGCUCCUGGGCGGGCUCUACCGGGACCGCGACGGCAACGCGGCCAAGGCCGACGGCGCCCUGGCGCCCGCGGGCGCGCCGGAGGCGCUCCCGGCGCUCGCGGCGGGCGGCUGGAACGGGCCGCUCCGGAGCUCGCUGUCGGAGCUGCUCUGGGGCGUCGGCGCCGCGCCGCGGUCCGACGCGGCCAUCGAGGCGCGUCUAGAUCAUUGCGACUUCGACGUCGUCGAGGCGGGCGACGCGUCCAUCGAGCUCGUCCUGGACCACCUGACGCGGAACAAGCCCGUGAUCCUCCGCGGCGUGUUGGAGGGAUGGACGGGCGCGAAGGCGACCUACACGCCGUCGCGCCUCAAGGAGAUGCACGGCGAGGCCAAGGUCACGGUGUCCGCCAUCCCCUACGCCAAGAAGUUCUCGAGCGUGCUCGGCGACUCGGAGAUGACGCUCGGCGAGUACGUCGACAUGAUGGAGGCGCGGAACCUCACGGGCGGCCGCUACCCCUGGUACGUCUUCCGCGGCCACCCCACGUCGAAGAUGCCCAAGAAGGACGUCGCCCACAACGUCGGCUGGUUCGUGAACCCCGACGACACGCCGACGCCCGAGGUCAUCUACAAGACGUUCGAGAACGCGGCCGCGUACGACACGCAGCGCGGCCGCGGCGGCCGCGGCGGCCCCAAGGGCGGCCGCGAGAAGCGCGACCGGAUGGCCGAGGCGAGCGAGAGCGCCCAGCGCAAGGCCUGGGAGGACCGCUUCACGCUCAAGGGCGACGACGACGACGCGCCGCUGCCCGACCCCGCGGCGCGGAUCUGGCCGUUCGUGAACCUGCAGUGGGCGCUCGGCGUCGAGGGCUCGGGCGCGCCGCAGCACUUCCACAACACGGCCUGGAACGCUCUGGUCUACGGCGCGAAGCGCUGGCUCGUCUUCCCGCCGGCCUACAGCUUCAUGUCCAACAUGCAGAUCCGCCAGUGGGACGAGACGGAGCGCGAGGAGAACGAGAAGGGCGUCGGCCAGCCGCCGCCGCUCGAGUGCAUCCAGCGCGCGGGCGACGUCGCCAUCAUCCCCGAGCUCUGGGGCCAUGGCAUCAUCAACCUCCAGGACACCAUCGCCGUCGCCACGGAGGUCAAGGCGUCGCUCUUCCGCGCGCCGCUCCCGCAGGCGUUCAAGCUCGUCAAGUUCCACCAGAAGGACAAGAAGGGCGACGGCGAGGGCCUGCGGCCGGGCCGCGACCACCACGGCGGCGAGGAGCCGCCGCCGCGGCGGCCGCGCCAGUUCCCGGAGUACGACGCGCCCUACGACAAGGACGCCAAGCCGGCGCGCGGCCGGCCCCAGUUCCACCCGGCGCCGCGCGAGGACCCCUACCUCCGGAAGCCCCGCGGCGGCGACCCCUUCGCCGACCGGCGGAAGAUGAUGCGCGACCACCAGGGCGCGCGCGAGGCCGCGCGGCGCGCCAUGCGGGGGGCGUAA